UACACCUUAUUUUUUUGUUCAUUUAUUUCUCUCUCGUCUAUUAUCGUCUUCCUCCUACCAUCGUCCCUCUUCUCUCUCUCUCUCGUCUCUGCAAAUCAGUUUUUUUUUUUCCUUCUCUUCUCAUCUCAGUUCUCACCCACCGCCGUGUCCGCUGGUUUCUGCCGGAUCUGACCUGUAUCCCGUGUCGGAUCGUAUCGACACGGGUACUGCACCCCAAAUUGCCGAGUCCAGGUUCAUUGUUUUCCUCGAUUACGGGUUUUUGUGUGGUCAGAGGAAAAUGGGAAGCACCAGUGCUCAUAAAGUCCCCAGUGAUACAGAAAUGGAAGGUUCUGAGGCCACGAUAGAAAUUAAAAUAAAAACAUUGGACUCUCAGACUUAUACUUUGAGAGUGGAUAAACAGAUGCCAGUUCCUGCACUAAAAGAACAGAUUGCUUCUGUAACUGGUGUGUUGUCAGAGCAACAACGGCUAAUCUGUCGUGGAAAAGUUCUAAAAGAUGAUCAGCUCCUUUCUGCAUAUCAUGUCGAGGAUGGUCACACCUUGCACCUGGUGGUCAGGCAGCCAGUUCCACCAUCAUCUGAUGGCUCACCAUAUCAUUCAGCAAAUGAUCCUGCGUCAGGUACAAGUCGUGGUCAUAGUAAUCAUGCCCCAAGUUUUGUCAUAGAGACUUUUAAUGUGCCUGAUCAAGGGGAUGGGGUUCCUCCUGAAAUCAGUCGGCAGAUUGUUUCUGCUGUUCUUGGCUCUUUUGGGUUCGCAAAUAUGGCAAGUGGAAAUACUGGGAGUGAUGCCAGGGAUCAUGGUUCACAAAGACAGGAAAGAACGUCUGGUGGUAGUGGCAUGCCAGAUUCAUCCCAAGCUCAAACUGAGCUAGCCAGCAUGACAAGUCAAUCAGAUAGAGCCCAUAGUGCUUUUGGACUUCCAGCGGCGGUUUCCUUGGGGUCUAUGCAGCCUCCUGUAAUUCCUGAUUCUUUGGCUACAUUGUCCCAAUAUCUUAGUCAUAUACGGAACGAAUUUGAUGCCCUUGGUAGAGCUGGUGGAAAUGAUUCUCAGACAGCUCCCAUGAGUAGGACUGGAUCUAGAGAUUCUAAUUCUGCAUCAAAUUCAGGAACUGUACAUGAAGGUCUUCCUACACCUGCAUCUUUGGCGGAAGUGUUACUCUCUACCAGGCAAAUGCUCAUUGAACAAGCUGGAGAAAGUGUACAACAACUUGCAAGGCAACUGGAGGAUCAAGUAAAUGUGACUGACCCCUCAGCAAGGCUGAUUGCACAGACCAAUGCAUUGAGAACCGGAGCUUUACUGCACAACCUAGGCUCACUUUUACUUGAGCUUGGUCGUACAACCAUGACACUACGCUUAGGUCAAACACCAUCUGAAGCUGUUGUUAAUGCUGGCCCUGCAGUUUUCAUAUCCCCUUCUGGUCCAAACCCUCUCAUGGUUCAGGCUCUUCCUUUUCAACCAGGAACUAGCUUUGGUGCCAUCCCUGUGGGAACUGUCCAGCCUGGAUCUGGUUUGGUUAAUGGACUUGGGACUGGGUUUGUUCCUAGGCGUAUUGACAUACAAAUACGAAGAGGUUCAUCAAUGGCAACACCGAAUACUCGAGAGGAACAUCCCCCAAACCAAUCAGGUCAAAGCAACCAAUCAAUGGUUUCUGACAGUGAGAAUCGUAGCAGUCAAACAACUUCAAGGGUCUCAGAUACGCCAUCUUUUGCUGGAGAAUCUGGAGUGCGGGUGGUUCCUAUUAGGACCAUGGUUGCUGCUGUACCUGCUCCGUUGGGUCGCCUACCUUCAGAGUCUUCUGGUAAUUCUGUGGGAGUAUACUACCCAUUACUUGGAAGAUUACAGAACAUAGCUCCUGGACACGUAAGUGGUGAACGGGGACCUCAAGCAUCUGGUGAGCAUCCAUCUUCUGGUGCUCAACCUGAGCUGCUUCGUAUUCCUGAAUCUGCAGUGCAACAUCAAAGUUCAGAAGAGUCUGCAAGAGAUGGUUCAUUACCGAAUGCUAAUUCAAGACAACAGGAGCGUCCUAAUACACGCAGUGUCAAUAUCAGCAUUCUAGCUGCUGGCAGAACUGAAAACAACCAAGACUCUGAGAGACAAAGUCCUAGUAAUGUUCUUCAGUUUCUAAGGACAAUUUUCCCUGGUGGUGAAAUUCAGGUAGAGGAAGCGAGUUCACAAGGAACAGCUAGAGAUUCUGUCCGAGGGCAAGCAGAAGCAUCCAAUGUUGCUCCAGCAGCUGAGACAAGUAUUACUAAUCAAGGGGUGUUUUUAUCUAAUUUGCUUCAUCAGAUCAUGCCAUACAUAUCUCAGCAUGCGGGUUCACAACGAAGUACUCCCGAAGAAGCAACUACUUCUGCCCCGGCUGACCUCUCUAGUACCGGGAAUUCACGCAGACCAAAUGACACUGAACAAAAUCCACCGAACUCGAAACGUCAGAAGACGGAGUAACUUAUCAAGAGGACGAUUUACCGAAGCUUCCCGUGGUUAUGAAAAUUCGUAAUUGCUGAUUUGAGAACUUUCUUGGUAUAUGAACAGCGGCAUGACUUAUAUGUUAAAAUGUGGUAAUAUCAUGGUCCUUUUUAUUGCAAAAAUGAGAUGACAUUCUAUUAUUUAUAUUAUAGGGGAAAUUUGUAGUCACAUUUUUUUUGGUUUUUGACUUUUAUAACAUAGUAGUAAUGUUGUUUUAUUGAA